AUGACAGGCCCUCAUGCACGUGCUGGAGUGGGCCGGACUGGUUGUUUCAUCGUGAUUGACGCCAUGGUGGAGCGAAUCAAACACGAGAAGACAGUUGACAUCUACGGUCACGUGACCCUCAUGAGGUCCCAGCGGAACUACAUGGUGCAGACGGAGGAUCAGUACGUUAUCCACGACGCGCUGCUGGAGGCCGUCGCCUGCGGCAACACCGAGGUUCCAGCGCGGAACCUUCACGCCUACAUCCAGAGACUGACCCAGAUAGAACCGGCGGAGAACGUCACGGGCACGGAACUGGAGUUCAAGCGGUUGGCCAGUGCGAAGGCCCACACCUCCAUGUUUGUGAGUGCCAACCUGCCGUGUAACAAGUUCAAGAACCGUCUGGUGAACAUCAUGCCCUAUGAGUCCACCAGGGUCUGUCUGCAGCCAAUCAGAGGAGUGGAGGGGUCAGACUACAUCAACGCCAGCUUCAUAGACGGAUACAGGCAGCAGAGGGCUUAUAUAGCCACCCAGGGCCCGUUGGCUGAGACUACUGAGGACUACUGGAGAAUGUUGUGGGAACACAACUCUACCAUAGUGGUCAUGUUGACUAAACUGAGGGAGAUGGGACGGGAGAAGUGCCAUCAGUACUGGCCAGCAGAGCGUUCUGCCAGGUACCAGUACUUUGUGGUGGACCCCAUGGCUGAGUACAACAUGCCCCAGUACAUCCUACGAGAGUUCAAAGUCACCGACGCCAGGGACGGCCAGUCUCGGACGGUUCGUCAGUUCCAGUUCACUGAUUGGCCGGAGCAAGGAGUGCCAAAGUCAGGGGAGGGGUUCAUUGAUUUCAUUGGCCAGGUGCACAAAACUAAAGAGCAGUUUGGCCAGGACGGACCAAUCACGGUGCACUGUAGUGCUGGUGUGGGGAGGACAGGGGUCUUCAUCACUCUGAGUAUCGUUCUGGAGAGGAUGAGAUAUGAAGGAGUAGUGGACAUCUUCCAGACUGUCAAGAUGCUGCGAACACAGAGACCUGCUACGGUUCAAACUGAGGACCAGUACCAGUUCUGUUACCGGGCCGGUCUGGAGUAUCUGGGUAGCUUCGACCACUAUGCAACAUAAUCCCUCCCUCUGGCCUGCGUCCCAAACAACACCCUAACUCCCUGUGUCGUGCACUACUUUAGACCACAGUGUAUUCUCACUUCUUUGGCCCAGUGUGUACACUCAAAAGUAGUGCACUACUGAUUAGUGCGCUACACAGGGAAUAGGGGCCAUUUGAGAUUAGGCCUCCACCACCUCCAGAGGGCAGGGCACCCACGGCGCCACUCCUCUCCCAAAACGAGCACCUAAACUGAGCCAUAUUUGCGUGUCUGACCGGGGGAUACCUCCAGACCCCAACCCAAACCCACUCACUACUCAGUCAGAAGUGCACUACUUUGUGCACUAUAUAGGGAAUGAAGGCACCAUUUUGGAUGUGAACUGGCACUACUUAACAAUGGAUUGAGGAUUCAAUGGAUUGAUAUUGGAACAAGUCUUUACAUGGUAAAGGUAGACAGUUAGGGGGACAAGUCUUUACAUGGUAAAGGUAGACAGUUAGGGGGACAAGUCUUUACAUGGUAAAGGUAGACAGUUAGGGGGACAAGUCUUUACAUGGUAAAGGU